AGAAUGGCGGAGAGAGAGAAAGGAGCCACGUCCCCGUCCGGAUCCUCCCCGUUCUUGGGGCUGCAUCUCGCCUCGCCUCCCAAUUUCAGGCUCACCCAUGACAUCAGCCUUGAAGAGUUUGAGGAUGAAGAUCUCUCUGAAAUUACUGAUGAAUGUGGAAUCAGCCUGCAUUGUAAGGACAGUUUGGCUUCACGGGGCCAUGUCAAUCUGCAAGGCAGCGGCGUCCUGGGAGUGGGUGUAGGGGAGGCCAGCCGUCUCCAGGCGGAGAUGCUGCAGCUCGACCUGAUUGACGCUGCUGGGGAGACCCCAGGCGAAGAAGGGACGGCGCCCGAGCCGAUCAAGAAGGAGCCGCCGCCGGCAACCAUGGAGACCUACAGACCCAAGCGGCCCACCACGCUCAAUCUCUUCCCGCAGGUGCCUCGGACACAGGACACUUUGAAUAACAACUCUCUGGGGAAAAAGCACAGUUGGCAGGAGCGAGUGUCCCGGUCAUCAUCCCCUCUGAAAACUGGUGAGCAGACACCUCCCCAUGACCACGUUUGCCUGAGUGAUGAGGUCGCUCACCAAAACAGCACAACCUCCACCAAAGAUCGAGGCACAUCUACAGAGAGCCCGUGCCGACGUACAGCUGCCACGCAGAUUGCACCAGCCUGUGUGGUCUCCUCCCGUGUGCCUGAGAAGCAGCAGGCUACCAACCGUCCCCUGCCGCAGAAUCCAACUGUUGUGGUAGUAACGAGAGGACCAGAAGCUUACCGGGAUCGCAUUCGUUACCAGACAGAUGUGAGGCUAGAGGCUACCGAGGAGAUUUAUUUGACACCAGUUCAGAAGAAUUCUGACCCUCUGGAGUCUGAGAAACCAUUCAUGUCACAGUCCAGUGACAACCGGAUGUCUAUCAGUUCUGACAUAGACACUUCCAGCUACCCACAGCUGACAGGAAAACCCAACACAUCAAUUAGUGAGGAGGAUGAGGUGCUGGACUAUUUGUCCUCACCUGACAAAAUGAAUUUGUCAAGGACUGUAUACAACAGCAGUAAUGGUAGCUACCAGCCUUGCAACAACAUUCAGAGGGCAUCAGUGAGCUCUGACACCAGUGCACUCUCCUAUGAUUCAGUGAAAUAUACUCUGGUGGUAGAUGAGGAUGUGCAGCUGGAACUGGUUAGCCUGAAACAAUGUUAUUCAGGUUACAGUGACGAGAGUGAUUCAGCCACUGUCUAUGACAACUGUGUGUCUUCACCCUAUGAAUCAGCCAUCGGGGAAGAAUAUGAGGAAGAUGCCCUCAAACGUGACUCUGUCUGCCUUUCUGAGGAUUCUACUCCUGAGGCAGACAUCCAUUUCUCCAAGAAGUUCCUCAAUGUCUUCAUGAGUGGCCGAUCACGAUCCUCCAGUGCUGAAUCGUUUGGGCUCUUUUCUUGUAUUAUCAAUGGGGAGGAGCAGGAGCAGACUCACCGAGCUGUCUUCAGAUUCGUGCCUCGUCAUGAAGAUGAACUGGAACUGGAGGUAGAUGACCCUUUAUUGGUGGAGGUUCAGGCAGAAGAUUAUUGGUACGAGGCCUAUAAUAUGAGAACAGGUGAUAGAGGCAUCUUCCCUGCUUACUAUGCGAUUGAAGUCACCAAGGAUCCAGAUCACAUCACAGAUUCAAGCAAGACCAAUGAUUGGGUGGACCAAUUCCGUGUGAAAUUCCUUGGCUCGGUCCAGGUUCCAUAUCACAAAGGCAAUGACGUGCUGUGUGCAGCUAUGCAGAAGAUAGCCACUACGCGCCGCCUCACUGUGCACUUUAACCCACCCUCCAGCUGUGUCCUGGAGAUCAGCAUGAGAGGAGUCAAGAUUGCUGUGAAAAAUGAUGACUCUAAAGAUCCCAGCAAGGCAAACAAAUGUAGCCACUUCUUCCAGCUGAAGAACAUUUCAUUCUGUGGGUACCACCCAAAGAACAACAAAUAUUUUGGGUUUAUCACUAAACACCCAGCUGACCACAGAUUUGCGUGCCAUGUCUUUGUUUCGGAGGAGUCGACAAAGCCACUUGCAGAAUCUGUAGGGAGGGCCUUCCAUCAGUUCUACAAGGAAUGUGUGGAAUAUACAUGCCCCACAGAGGACAUCUACUUAGAGUAGGGGGCAGGCCCAGCCCUCCCUCCUGUACAGAAAAGGGCCAUUUUUUCCUAUUGUGCAUGGACAAGCUGCUUCAAGACUGGAGGAGGCGGGGGCAAGUGGCAGCCUGGGAACCAUUUCCCUUCGUGUUCCUAACCCUGCCUCUUUCAACGCACCUCUUUUCCUUCAGUUGCAGGUGUGGGGAAAUGGGGAGGGGCGGGACGGGUGAACAAAAGGGAGUUUAAUAUUUUUUAAAUAUAUAAAUAUAUAUAUAAACACUUUUGGUUUGUUAGAAGGAAAGCCCCAUCAGCAGAAUCAGGUGCCGUGCUGUCGCCAUCACAAAUCAUUUUGGAGAGCAGGCAUGAGCCCUGGGUCUAGAGCAGGCUGGCCGGGGCCUCCCGCUACCUAUGCACAUGGCGUGGGUUGGCUUGGUGCGGUGGGCAGAGAGAUGGCUCCCCCAGUUGUAGUAGGACACCUGUUGUACGCUGAAGAGCGUCAGUCACAGCUGCUGUGGUUAGUCUUGAGCAAUGCAACUUAAUGAAAUGAAAAUGCAGAUCAUCUUCCACUUUGGAAGAAGACACAAGUGAUGAAGUGAACCUCUAGCUGGGACUCGGGAGAGGGAGAGGGGGUAAAAGAGGAGAAAUAAAUGGAAGCAUGUCCCAAGCAUAGAUAUCCUGCAAUUCCGAAGAAUAUGACACCUGCCUGUCAAAGGACCCAGGAAUUAUUGAAGAAACACUGGUGCCCGACCUCUUUCCCAUGAAGGAGAAGAGAGUUUCAGGCAUGCAGAUAGCUAGGGGUUGGUGGGGUGGGCACCUUCCCAUCACAUGUGAUGGAAAGAGCUUCUCUGUUGCAACCUUUGCUCUGUUCUUCCCUUUUCCUCUCCUCCUCUCCAUCUCCAGGGCUCAUGUUCAUGGGGAGAAUCUGGACCCUGCAAAGCAUUUGAGAGCCUCUGUGUGUGUGUGUGUCUGAUUCAUCUUCAUUAGGGGCCUGAGAGGAGCUCCAGCCAUAAGCACAAAUUUGAAUCAGGAAGGGCUAGGUCCCACUGAGAAGUGACGCUAGGGGGACAGUGCGAGUGACCACAAGGGGCUAAUAAGAGCUACAGAAAGGUGUGCCUUUGCCCUCCUCCCUUUCCCACCUGCCCCCCCCCACAUGGGGGGGGUUCUGUGCUUCUGCUGGAUCUGCUCUGAUGACAACAAUGAUUAAACCUUGAUGUUUCAAAGA